UGAUUAGUUGAUACCCGUCCGCCGUCGAGGAUAGGUCGUCGUUUGGUCCUAUUUUUCUACGCGGUAAUAAUUUCUCACGCGAUUUCAAAUGUGCAACAACAUAAGUGUUUAUUUAAAAGUGAUCGUUCUUAUUUAACAGUUAGUUUUUGUUCGAUCGUAUAAUUAAACGUAAAAAUAGUUUGAAACGUAGAUUUUUUUUUUCAAAUUCAGUGAAUAUUAUUACAGUGAAUUUUUGUGCGAGUGUGAGAACGGGAGUAUCCAUAGUGAAAUAAAAUACAAAAGGAGUACAAAAAAAAAAAAUAAAAAGAAAGAAAGAGUGCGUGCGCGAUCGAGCGUUUGAAAAAGUUCAAAACGAGGGAAGUCACACGCAACGUUUACGUUAUUAUCAUUUUUUGUUGUUUUUCUUAUUAUAUCUUAAUCUCAGUGAAUAAUUGUGAAUACAUGCUAUGAUCUGGGAUACAAUUGGAUAUACUUGAGGAGGUUAGAACGGUGAUAUAAGAAGAAGAGAAAAAAAAAAAGGAUAGCGAGGAGCGACGGCAACGAGGUGGAGGUAUCAUCAGGGAAGGCCACGGCCUCGUCCUACCCUCUUGGAGGAAUUCUCGCCACAAGAUGUACCCCAGUGCUGGUAUAAAUGCGGCAGCUGUGGCCGUGGCAGCUGCGGCACGACACCCGGGACCACCACAACCAACCCAACCAUUCAAGUUCACAGUUAACGAGGCUUGCGACAGGAUCAAGGAGGAGUUCAGCUUCUUACAAGCGCAAUAUCACACAUUAAAGAUGGAAUGUGAAAAAUUGGCCACGGACAAGAUCGAGAUACAACGACAUUACGUGAUGUAUUACGAGAUGUCGUACGGACUCAACGUCGAGAUGCACAAACAGACCGAGAUAUCGAAGAGACUGAGCGCCAUUAUUGCUCAGAUGUUGCCGUAUCUUUCUCAGGAACAUCAACAACAAGUUGCUACGGCUGUUGAUAGGGCGAAACAAGUUACAAUGGGAGAACUCAAUUCUAUAAUUGGGACGUUGCAACAACAGAGGUCCGAUAUUCCACGUAUAUUGCAGCAAAUACACGCUCAACAACUGCCAGGAGCGGCUAUUGCUGCCCAUCCAGGAAUCUCGGGUCUUCCUGGAUUAGGACCAACUGGUGGUCUUCCGGUACCAACUUCAACUUCCGCAACUUUACUCAGCCUUGGAUUGACUCCGGGAACAGCAGCUACACCAGGAACAACUACUGCUCAUCCUCUUUCGAUGUUAGCUAAACCAGAGAUUCAUCGUGGCCAACCGGAUGAUCUUAAAAGCAACGGUGGUCUUAGCUCGACCGAGGAGAGACAUAGAAGUUCCAUAUCUCCCGGUGACAAGUACAAUCGACCACGAACACCGCAAGAGUCCCAUCACGGUCAUCAUUCUCAGAACCAUCACGAUCACUCGAUGCAUAUAAAGAAAAUGAAGAAGGAACAGGACAAGGACAUCGGACACAGCGACGGAGAGAAGAGCGAUCAGGAUCUGGUGGUGGACGAUGCGAGCGAGGGUCCGACGAGUCCAGUUGUCAAUGGAAGGUCGUCUCCCCGAGAAAAUGGUAUAGACAAGGUGGUAGUGGCACCAUUGGGUAGCAGCGUGCAAACGAAAAAAGACAUUACACCGCACUCGCCUAGAAGUGGGACGAGUAGCAAUGCGAGCACACCUUCGGCUAAAAAAAUGGAAGAACGUGAGAAAGCAACGACACCUAUCUCGAAGUCUCUCACGCCUACUUCUGGUUCGGUUGUCGGUGGUGGUGCUAGUGCUGGUAGUGCCGGUGUUGGUGGUGGUGCUAGUGCUGGUUUAAAAACAUCGACUUCGGCUAAACUUUUACAAGGUCCACCAACCGCUGGUGCAGUACCUGGUCCUUACCCUCCUCAUUAUCCACCUGGACCACCUCCCCAUCAUCUUGGGCCAGCUGCUCAACAUCCUCACGUUGACAUGAUCGGCUACAACGGUUAUGCGGCACCUAGAGCACCCCCUUCUCUUCAACAACUUUAUGAUCCCCACGGAACGAUGAGAGCACCUAUUGUGGGAGCAGUUGGUGUACCAGGCGGCAAACCAGCUUACAGUUUCCAAGUGUCGGGCGAUGGACACUUGCAACCAGCCAGCUUCCCUUUAGAUGCUUUGAUGGCAAACGGGAUACCUCGUCACGCCCGUCAGAUUAAUACUCUAAGUCACGGCGAGGUCGUGUGCGCGGUCACGAUCUCUAAUCCUACCAAGUACGUUUAUACCGGAGGCAAGGGAUGCGUCAAGGUCUGGGACAUUAGUCAGGGUGGAACUGGUAGUGCGAAACCUGUCUCCCAGCUUGAUUGUUUGCAACGUGAAAAUUACAUCAGAUCAGUGAAGCUACUACCCGAUGGUAGGACAUUGAUAGUUGGUGGGGAAGCAAGUCAAUUGAGUAUUUGGGAUUUGGCGAGUCCAACGCCAAGAAUCAAAGCAGAAUUAACCUCAUCGGCACCUGCGUGCUAUGCCCUGGCAAUAUCUCCGGACUCAAAAGUCUGCUUCAGUUGCUGCAGUGAUGGAAACAUUGCAGUUUGGGAUCUUCAAAAUCAAGCGUUGGUUCGACAAUUCCAAGGUCACACGGAUGGUGCCUCUUGCAUCGAUAUUUCUGCAAAUGGUUCGAAAUUGUGGACUGGUGGUCUCGAUAACACGGUACGCUCUUGGGAUUUACGAGAAGGUCGACAACUUCAGCAACACGAUUUCACGUCGCAAAUUUUCUCACUCGGUUACUGCCCCACUGGCGACUGGCUAGCCGUCGGCAUGGAGAAUUCCAACGUUGAGGUGCUACACGCUCUAAAACCUGACAAGUAUCAGCUGCAUCUGCACGAGUCCUGUGUACUAUCUUUGAAAUUUGCUUCGAGCGGCAAAUGGUUCGUCUCGACGGGAAAAGACAACCUUUUGAACGCAUGGCGUACGCCUUAUGGUGCCUCGAUAUUCCAGUCGAAGGAAUCGUCAUCGGUGCUAAGCUGUGACAUCUCAGCGGAUGACAAAUAUAUAGUGACAGGUUCUGGUGACAAAAAGGCCACAGUUUACGAAGUACUUUAUUGAAGACAAUUAAAUGGAGUCUCUACCGUCGUCAUCAUCGUCAUCAUUGUCAUCAUCGUCAUCGUCAUCGAAGACCAUUAUUUCCGAGAGUUCAUCUAUAUAAAUUCGUGUGUUACGUUAUUUACGAACGACUUUGUUGCCGUUGUUGUUCUUGUUAUCGUCAUCGUUGUCGUCGUCGUUGUUGUUGUUGUUGUUGUUGCUAAUGAUGGUCAAAAGGACUCUUAUUACAAAAAAAUAGCGAGACAGACAAAUGGAUUUCUCAUCGUAGUUAAAUUUAAUCUAUCGUUGGUGAUAAAUACAAAGAAAAA